UUGUAAUUCAGUUCCUUUGUGACCGCGGUUGAGUCGAGAAGUACAGUAUUCCGUAAUCCGCCUCCGGUUUUUGGUGUUUUAUCGAACUACGCACGGGGGAGGUGUCCCUGGUUGAAGGUGUUGCAAGUGUUGGAUCCAAGCUAAUCUAGAUCAAUAGUGGAUCGCGAGGUAUCAGUUUAACGUACGCUCAAACGGCAGGAAGCGUUUGGUGGUGAGAGGAAAGUGGGGAGUGACAGAAGCGAGUGGUUCGAGUGGAAAAGUGAAAAAUGGGAGUGGACAAUGAAAAAUCCGAAAAAGCCGAAGAAAUGGAUACUUGUUCGGAAGCAGUCGGUGACAGCGAGGAGCUCACCAAGUGGGGGAAAUUUUGCCAACGCCAUGGGAUUAAUCCGAACUUGAUUAUGCUGAAAGUUACGCUGUUUGUCAUGUAUGGAGCUACAUCGUCACUGCUGCCCUAUUUAACCAUUCACAUGCAAAGCACCGGACUGACGGUGGAGGAAAUUGCAAUCAUCUACCUGGCGUUGCCAUUCACGACCUUCCUCAGUCCACCGAUUACAGGCUUCCUGGUGGACAAGUUCGGCCGCUAUAAGCCAGUGGUGAUUAUGAGUCUGCUGCUAAAUGCAUUAUUCCAUCACUCGUUGCUGUUGAUCCCGCAGCAAGAAAUCCCCGGCAAGCUACCGGAAGCAUAUGUAAUGAGACAUCCGGAGACGGGAAGUGUCGAGGUUUGGUGGUCUCCAUGCCCUAGCCGCGAAUGUCCUGAGGAGGAGGAAAUUGACAUCGUUGUGGACCAAUGCCUGGAUCACUGUCUGCUGUUGGAGCAGAAUCCGAAAAUUGAAGUUGUCCCACCGCCAACGUUUGCCCCCAUCUUGCCUCCUUCGGACGUCGGGGAAAAGGAUGACCUGGAACUAUUCAUCAACAAAAAGAUCAACAGGAAGAACAAAACAUUCGAUGUACUUAGUAGUGUUAGUUCGAGCACCACAGAGGCGUACAUAGAUAAGCUAAAACUUAACCUAGAGCCAGACUCGGAGGAAAGUGAGGAGAGUUGGGUCAUAGCAGGUAGCGGGGAUUCAGCUUUCUUCGUGCUCGAUAUGCAUCCGGAUUUGGGUGAACCGAUUGAACAGCUUGGUAUGGAAGUUGAGCACGACGAUAACGAAACGGUAACGGUUUUCAAAACACGUUUCGGUGAAAAGCUGCUCUGGAAGCAGGGAGUCAAUGUUACCGCUUUGGAGGAGGAGGAUCUCCGCUGUGGAGGUUUAGUGCUGAAUUCCAACAUGUCACUGAACAGCAAUCAACGUCUGAGCGAGCUGGCAGCCGAUUGUAUGGUGCAAAGGUGUAAUUUCAGGAAAAAUGGACCGGAAAUUUGCCCACCGGAUUACAAAGAGAGUGACGAUAAAGUUUUUUGGAUGUACUUUGGAUUGCGUUUCCUCGCAACGACGAUGCUGUCGGCUGGUGUGACGAUAAUGGACCCGAUUGCCCUUACCAUGAUUGAGAAGUAUGGUGGCGAUUUCGGCCGGGAGCGAUUGUUCUCAAGCAUUGGAAUGGCCAUUUUCUCACCGAUCACAGGAUUUUUGAUUGAUUUCUUCUCGAGAGACUUGGGCUACACAGAUUACUCGGCUGCCUUCUAUACGUAUGACGUGCUGCUCGUCGUUUCAUCCAUUAGUGUAUUUUUGAUGCCACUCGGAGAGAAACUACCGGCCGAUAAUGUGUUUAAGGAUUUACUGAAUCUACUGAAGCUGAAACAUGUCAUCAUAUUCAUUUGGUUCCUGUUCCUGUUGGGUAACUUCUGGGGAUUCAUUGAAAGUUUCCUGUUUUUGUAUCUCAAGGAACUGGGAGCACCAAACUAUCUACUUGGCAUCACAAUCACGGUAGGAACUGUCAGCAGUAUUCCUUUCCUGUACGGGGCAGGCAGAAUCACCAAAUAUGUCGGACACGUCAACUUGAUUGUGAUUGCUUUCAUCGCACACGCAUGUCGACUGGUGGGAUAUUCGUUGAUCGAAAACGCUUGGUGGUGUUUCCCCUUUGAGGCAAUGGAAGCGUUGUCCUGUCACUUGAUGUGGGUCGCUGCUGCCACCUACUGCGCGCUGCUCGCCCCGAAGAGCCUUUUGGCCACGCUGAUCGGUGUCCUUGGAAUGGCUCACUUCAGUUUGGGCCGCGGCAGUGGUUCCUUCUUCGGUGGAUUCCUGAUCGGCGAGGUUGGCACCAGAGAGGCCUUCCGCUACAUGGGAUUGGUGGCCGUGGCGGGUGGAAUCGCCUACAAAUUCAUCCAUGCCAUCUGGUUGAGAAAGUACGAUAACCCUGAGCUGGACGAUGAAUCAGCUGAAAAUGGCGAAGCUGAGAAGCUGACCGAUGGCAAGGAUGGCGAGGAACCGAAAACCAGAGACCAAGGCACUUCGAUGUCGCAAGAGCGUCUUUCGCUGAUGAUCAAAUACAACCAGAUUGGCUCGCUGACGUCGCUGCCACGUGGCUCCAGGGGUGACAUGAGCGAUGCCUUCUCCAGAAGACGUAGCAGCUACAACAUUGAAUACGUCAAGGCUCCCAAGGGUGGUGGCAGUGCUUCCAAGGUGGAUCUGCUCAAAUCGGCACUUGAGAUCAGUCACAAGGCACCGCAUCCGCAGCUGCGGAAAGAUGGGAAAGCAUCGGAUCAGUCACUGAACUCCAAACGGGCCGACAGUGCUCCGCGCUUGAAUCCUUCCAAGAAUAUAUCCCAACCGAUGCUCAGUGCCGUGGUCGACGAGGUUGGACAACCGUCGGUUUUGACCCGACAACGGAAAAAGCAUCACCAAAGUGGCAUUCUGGUGAUAAAGGCCAGCAGUCACGAUGCUGAUCUGGAUCUGCGCAAUUAUCUGCGGGAAACUGAUCGUCGUGAUUCGAUAACGGAGGCGGAUGCGGAGCACUACAAAGCGGAACUGGCCAAACAGGCUCGAGCCCACGUUCUGAACGAUAUUCCCGAGCGCCCUGUUGAACCGAGCGAUAUGGUCAGUAGCAGCCCGGCGGAGGCUGCCGAUGCCAGCAUAACAAAUAAUCAGACCAAUGAAAACAAAACUUGAUAGUUGUUAAUCGCUGCUUAGGUACCUGCAUCGUAAAUAAACAUGCCUCAAAGCUGUUUCCAUUCUACGCAUAGCGAAUGCUUACAGUUCACUUACAAACAUACAUUAUUAUGUAUCCUCUGUUCGAUUGUCUUUAGCGUUUCGUUCUGUAAUGAUUCAGUAGGUGGAUCAGCUUUCUUAGUAGCGAUUAAUUACUGGAUUGUGUUGAUGCGGAAUAUUUUGUACGUUAGCUGGCAUGCAAUAAUAGCAAGAAACUAAA